AUGGAGUACUUGGAGACCCUGAACCUGUCCGAAGCCUCCCUGAACGCCAGCCUGGCGUGGCUGUUUGAGGACGGCUGGGGCGCGGCGGAUGAUGGCUGGGGCACCGCGGCGCCCUUCCUACCCCGGGCGGACCUGCUGGCCGUCAGCGCCGUGUACGGGGUGGUGUUCCUGGUCGGCGUGGUGGGGAACAUCGCGGUGGGCGUGUCGGUGUGCGGGGUGAAGGAGCUCCGCACGGCAACCAACUUCUUCCUGCUGAACCUCAGCGUGGCGGACCUGCUCGUGCUGCUGGUCUGCAUGCCCAUCUCUCUACUGGAGACAUGGGUGCCGUUUCCAUGGCUGCUGGGGGAGGCGCUAUGUAAGCUGACGCCGUUUUUUGAGGUGCUGGUGUUCCAGGCCUCCAUCCUGACCAUGAUUGCCGUGUCACUGAGCUGA